AUGGGGAGGAGUCAGAACCCGAAACAGAUUCUCUGGGUGGAGGAACGGGUGAAGAGGCCCUGGCUGGAGCAUCAGCUGUGUACUGGAAGCUGGAAUCUGACCCUCAUGGCAUUGGGCCCGGUCUCCAUGGCAGUGCAUUUAUUACUGAGGCCUCCACCUGGCUUGGCGGACUUUCGACUUGAAGCCAGGAGGAAAGACAAGCGAGAUCACUGGUCAGGGAGCAGGCGCCCACGAGCCAAUUUCUUUUCCCAGGACCAGAUUACUGAGUACAAGGAAUGCUUCUCCCUGUACGACAAGCAGCAGAGGGGGAAGAUAAAAGCCACUGAUCUGAUAGCAGUGAUGAGGAGCCUGGGAGCCAGCCCAACGCCGGGAGAGGUGCAGAGGCACCUCCAGACUCACCAGAUAGACAGAAACGGAGAGCUGGAUUUCUCUACUUUCCUGACCAUUAUGCACAUGCAAAUAAAACAAGAAGACCCAAAGAAAGAAAUUCUCCUGGCCAUGUUGAUGACAGACAAAGAGAAGAAAGGCUACAUCAUGGCAUCGGAGCUGCGGUCAAAGCUUAUGAAACUGGGAGAGAAGCUAACUGACAAAGAAGUGGAUGAACUUUUCAGGGAAGCAGAUAUUGAACCAAAUGGUAAAGUGAAGUACGAUGAAUUCAUCCACAAGAUUACACUUCCCACGCGGGACUACUGAAGGAGGACGAGGGAGAGAGAGCCUUUCCUGAGCUUGAAAA